AUGUUUUGCUUUUACGUUCUCAAUUUUACUUUAUGUAUAGUAAUAAUAUCCAAAACGAUAUCCAUAUGUACUAUUCCUACCAAUUAUAUUGGGCCUAAUUCUCCGGUAAAACAAUGCGAUUUCGCAAAUAAAAUUCGGUGGUCACCUCCUUAUCAAUUCACCCUCUUUACAG